GUCAACUUGCAUCUACUCACAAAUUGCAAUCUCUUUUCCCACCUUUUCUUCCUUUGCCUUCCGCCGCCUAUCACGACCAUCGGAUCACCUUUUCUUGCUUCCGACUGUGCUCCCUUGCCAACUUUGUUAGUGCAACUGUCAUGACGUUGGCAAUGCAGGCUAAUAGAAGUUCUUAUGCUCACAAUUUGACACUUUAGUCUUUAUUGCUUCCAAAACACAAAUCAGCCUUUAACGUUAUGGAUCAUGAGUGAUGAAUAUAUAUGUAAGAUAUCAACUGUAAAGUGAAGAUCAGAUUCUAUGGAGCAUCGCAACAUGUGUUUGAUCUACUGGUGUGGUCUGCUCUUGAUCCUAAUCACAGAUAGUACUAGUGCUGCUAGAGACACCAUAUUUCCAAAUCAGACUCUCAAAAAUGGUGACACCAUUGUUUCAGCAAAUGAAAUCUUUGAACUGGGGUUCUUUAGCUUUAAAAACUCAUCCUUUCUGUACUUGGGGAUAUGGUACAAGAAGGUAUCACCACGUACCUAUGUAUGGGUUGCUAAUAGAGAGGUCCCACUUCUCGAUGCCUCGAGUAUACUUAAACUCAAUGAUAAAGGAGAUUUACAGCUUCUUAGUGUUAGCAAUACCCAAGUUUGGACAUCUCAGUCCACCAAACUAGUUACGAAUAGUAGUCCAGUAGCACAACUUUUGGAUUCUGGAAAUCUUGUCAUCAGAGAUGACAUUAGCAGCAAUCUGAUUUGGCAAAGCUUUGAUCAUCCUGGAGACACUUGGUUACCAGGAAUGAAAAUUGGUGUGGACCGUCUAACAGGGAGAAACUGGAACUUGACAUCAUGGAAGACUGAUGACAAUCCUUCAGUAGGUUCUAAUACAGUUUUGAUGAACACUAACGGAUAUCCACAGUUGUAUAAUAUGAGACAUGAAUCAAGUUUCCAACAAAGGAUUGGAUAUUGGAAUGGUCUAGGGUUUUCUGGGGCAUUGGGUAUUGGAUUAAAGAACUUAUACACGUUUGACUUUGUUUUAAAUGAGAAGGAGAUUUACAGCAGAUUUUCACUAAUAAACAGCACAUCUCUUACAAGGAUGAUAUUGAAUCCAGAAGGAAACUUUCUUCUAUUUGUUUGGAGUGAUACAGGACAUAUAUGGCAACUUUAUUUAGCACCUUUAAUGGAUGCGUGCGACCAGUACGGUUUCUGCGGUCCUUAUGGCAUCUGUAGCAUUAAUAAUGCCCCGCCGUGUUCAUGUUUUGAAGGAUUUGAACCGAAGCUGCCUGAAGAAUGGUCUGUUGCAGAUUGGUCAAAUGGAUGCAAGAGUAAGAUGUAUCUGACUCCUGAAAAAGGGCAUAACUUCACUAAGUUUUCCAACCUGAAAUUGCCCGACUCACAGAAUUCAUGGUUCAAUAGAUCCAUGUCCCUUGAAGAAUGUGAGAAUGUUUGCGCCAGCAAUGUCUCUUGUACAGCUUUUGCAAAUACUAACAUUAGAGGGGUCAAAAGCGGAUGUCUAACUUGGUCUGGUGAGCUAACGGAUAUCAGAGAAGCUCCACAAGGAGAUGUUUCAGGGCAGGAUAUCUAUAUAAAAAUGGCCAACCUCAAAGUAAUUCGAGAGUUAAAACCUGGCACUAAGAAGAAAUCACAUCUAAAAGUGAUCUUGCCAAUUGUAUCAACAGUAGUCAUGCUCAGCUUUGCACUGACACUAUAUUCUUGGAGAAAGAAGAACUCAUAUAAUAAAGGUACAACUUUAGUAAACAAGGACCAGAAGCAAGAUCCAGACCUACGAUACUUCAGCCUGAAUGAAGUAGUUAAGGCCACUAGUAACUUCUCAAUCAACAAUAAGCUAGGUCAAGGAGGUUUUGGUGCAGUUUACAAGGGUGUGCUUGAAGAAGGAGGAGAAAUUGCUGUGAAGCGGCUGUCGAAGACAUCAAAACAAGGAAUAGUCGAGUUCCAGAAUGAAGUUAUAUGUAUUGCCAAGCUUCAGCACCGAAAUCUUGUGAAGCUUUUGGGAUGCUGUGUUCAAGGAGAGGAGAUGAUGUUGAUCUAUGAAUACAUGCCCAACAAAAGCUUGGACUUCUUUUUAUUUGAUGAAAACAACUCCAUGUUACUUGACUGGCCUCAAAGGUACCACAUUAUCAAUGGGAUUGCCCGAGGACUCGUUUAUCUUCAUCAAGACUCCAGACUUAGAAUAAUCCAUAGAGAUCUAAAAGCAAGCAAUAUUUUGCUUGAUUCCAAUAUGAAUCCAAAAAUAUCAGACUUUGGCUUGGCUAGAAUGUUCAAAGAGUAUGAGACGGAAGCCAAUACCAACCACGUUGUCGGUACACUGGGUUACAUUUCACCAGAGUACGCAGCAAAUGGGCUUUUCUCACUAAAAUCAGAUGUAUUUAGCUUUGGUGUUUUGGUGCUUGAGAUCGUGAGUGGGAAGAAAAACAGAGGAUUCUCACAUCAAGAUCACCAUGAUAACCUUCUCGGGCAUGCAUGGAGACUCUACAAGGAAGGCAAGCCCCAUGAACUGGUUGAUGUGGCUUUAGGGGACUCAUGGACUGCUUCUGAAGUGCUUCAAUCAAUACAUGUCGGUUUAUCAUGCGUGCAACAGAAUGCAGAUUACAGGCCAAGUAUGUCGUCUGUGGUUCACAUGUUAGGCGGUGAAGGUGCAUUGCCUCCACCAAAACAACCUGGCUUUCUAACAGAAAUGACUAAGCCUGAAGUCGAUUCUACCCUAAUCAUGUCAAAAUCUCCCGUUUCAAUCAAUAAAGUCACAAUUACACAACUAGAUGCUCGAUAAUCACAUAGGUCUAUGACCAAGUACCUGAUUUGCAUUCGGUAAAGAUGCCUUAUUGUGUCCUUUCAGUCAGUGAAUUAAGUGUUAAAGAUCUGGAUUCUAUUUCAAGCCCUCCCCUCACCCCAACUCAAGUUCCUCUCUAUGAUGUACCAAUGAUAUUAUUAUCUAUAACAUUUGCAGUUUGUUAAAGUAUAAACCUUGUGUUAAACCUGAUAAUUAUUUGAAACUCCACCUUGUUCCACUAUUUGUAUCUAGAUAACUU